UAUUCACAUGAUCCCAGCAGGAAAGUUUAAUGGCGGCAACUUUGAAACGUAUAGAACCGUGAAGGUGGAGCAAGACUACAAUAAGUAACGGUUCAAAUGGUAAAAAUUUUCCAGUCAGAAAAAUUUCGUUCUGAGCCAAAUAUAGUAUUGUUGACAAGUGCUUCGAGAUAAGAUGUACGCUGUUAAUGGGAAUGCGGUGCUGCUAGUUAUAAAUCGCCGUUUUCUGCAGGAGUUCCUAGAACUUCAAGAAAUUGGGGCCCGAUGGCGCUAGAAUGGAAUGACAGGAACUUGACGGUGGUCGAUUCCGACCUGAUGUUCUUUGAUCACAGCAACUACAACUGGAGCCAUAACAACAGCAUCUUGGAAGACGCUUCGCAAAAUGACCAGUUCAACUUACCGUGGUGGAGAAUCGUGCUUUGGACAAUGCUCUUUGCCGUCAUGGUCGUCAUUAGCACUGGUGGCAAUUUGAUCGUCGUUUGGAUCGUCCUGGCUGACCGGAGAAUGCGCACGGUCACGAACUACUUCCUGGUUAAUUUGUCCAUCGCUGAUACCAUGGUCUCCACGCUCAACGUCAUCUUUAAUUUCAUCAGUAUGGUCACCAACGAUUGGCCCUUUGGCCGGAUUUAUUGCAAAAUCUCGCAGUUCGUCGCCGUCAUUUCCAUUUGCGGAAGCGUCUUCACUCUCAUGGCAAUCUCCAUCGAAAGAUAUUUGGCUAUAAUGUACCCCUUACGGCGACGGAUGGGCAAGAUGACGACCAUCGGCAUCGCUUUGAGCAUCUGGAUGGCCAGCUUACUAAUAUCCACUCCGCACGUGUUGUAUUCCACCACCAUUACGUACAAUGAAUCCGGACGUACGGCUUGUUACCUCGCCUGGCCUGAUGGUCCCACCUUCGAGAGUUACCAAGAAUACAUAUACAACGUGAUGUUGACUAUCCUCACGUACUUUUUGCCCAUUUGCGCUAUGGGCUACGCCUACUUCCAGGUCGGAGUGGAACUGUGGGGCAGCCAAGGCAUUGGGGAAUGCACGGAUCAUCAAAUGGAAAAUGUCAGAUCAAAACGACGGGUUGUCAAAAUGAUGAUCGUAGUCGUGACUAUCUUCGCCAUAUGCUGGCUACCGUAUCACGUUUACUUCAUCGUGUCGUGGCUGUUUCAAGAGAUCAACCAAUGGUCGCACAUUCAGGAGAUUUACCUUGGAACGUACUGGCUGGCCAUGUCCAAUUCAAUGUACAAUCCCAUUAUCUACUGCUGGAUGAACUCGAGGUUCCGCAAGGGUUUCCGGCGAGUGUUCUACUUUUGGUUCCGCUGCUGCAAACGCGCCGACGAUAACUUCCCGCGUAACGGAGCCAACGCGCACUGGAACAGCUGUCCCGGAUCACCAGAUCAUGCUCGAAGCGGGCGUAAUGGAGGAACGAGCAUAACGAUGAUGCCAUUGCAUCAUUUGAACCCAGCGACUGCGCGCUAUGAUCGAAACCGCCAGCUGAUCAACCAGCAGCGCCCUAAAGUGACCCAAAGUACCAUUGGAGCCGUCCAAGCACGAUCGCAGAGGGAAGAAGAUAUCUUUGCAUAGAAAAGGUACAAAUUUAGGCCAGAGAAUGAAAAUCGGAUAUUUUGUUUUUGUUUUGUUGUAAACGAAAAAUUAAAGCCAGGACCAACCCGAAAGAGACACGUCAGAAAUAAUCGUGAUUCUGUAACAUCCUAUUACGUAAGACAAAAACAAAAACAAAAACAAGUUGCUUUGGCGUGCGUACUAAAUCUGGCUGGGAAAGAAGCAAUGAAGCAAGCGUUUAUUGCUGUUCAUGGUUUCUUUAGUAUUUGUUUAUUUAUUUUCAAUUGUCGAAUGUUAUUCUCGUUCUGACAUCACGUCCUCAAUCGCACGAUAUCUGUGUAUAUAUUUGUGUAUAUCGUUCUUGUUUACCUCCCUUCGGGACAUCACGAAGCAAUUAUUAUCUAUUACCGUUCGUGAAUUGGGUGUUGGAUAUCCGGUAUCUCAUGUACAUAACCCAUUUUUUUUUCUUUAUGCUAUUCAAUCAUCAAAUAGAAAGUGGAACAAACCGUUUAGCACGUAUUUCUAUUUUUUU